AUGGAGGACCUCGAUGUGUCCGCCACCGUCGCCACCAGGCGAGACGCCCACGUCAAGGGUUGCAGUAGCAACGACAUCAUGCGAAACGGCGAUGACGAUGGUGGCGACGACGACGACGUGGAGCGACAGAUGGUGUUUGGCUACUUCAGCUCUCCGUCGCUGUUGCGCUGCAAGUCGGCGUGCGACGAGAGCGCCGUGGAGUCGCCAUCGACGAGCCUACUCGGCGGAUCGCCCACGACGCUGACGACCCCGGCGCCCGCCACGACUGCGGGUGCAAGCGCGACGUGGAGCGCAUCGAAGAGGCGCAAGCGACGGACGUCGCUGCUGUGGGAGGACAUCAUCAGCGUGCACGAGGAGACCGCCACCGCCACCUGCCUCUACAACGACACCAACCACGUCCAUCGAAAGAUGAAACGAGGAAAGAUGCAAGCGCUACACGCCAAAGAGGAAUAG